GAACUUCCCAUCACUAGUUAAAAGAAUAGCCACAAGAGGGCACAAGUCUCGGGUUUGGAGCCAUUGGAAAUCUCGCGAUAAUACGACUAUUGACGCGAUCUGUUAAAGGUUGCCACACAGAGCAGAAUGUCACCUCACACUCCCAGCUUGCUGACCUUUCAUUCCACAUCACAUAAGGACACAAUCCUUAAUAAAUUGGACAUACUGAGAAAAAGACAAAUACUUUGUGAUAUUACUCUCAUUGUAGAAGAUGUACAUUUUAAGGCACAUAAGGCUCUGCUGGCUGCGAGCAGUGAAUAUUUCUCCUUGAUGUUCACUGCUGAAGACCAGGCCUGUCAGACGGUGUAUAGGCUGGAUGGAAUGGCUGCAAAGACCUUUGCAUCUGUGCUCGAGUUCAUCUACUGUGCCAAUGUAUCGGUGGAGGAGAGCAGCACGGAGCAGCUGCUUGACGUGGCCCGCUUGCUAGAAAUAAACGAGUUAGUCAAAGCCUAUGCAGACUUUCAAAUUAGCAGUACAGCCUCAGCACCAAAUGUCUGCUCAGAAGUAGGUGAUGGUGACAGAAGCACAAAUGAAACGGCUUCCAAACGCAAAAGGGGACGGCCAAGGAAAAACACAAACCCUUCAGCACCAGGCUUAGUACUACUACCUCAGGAAUCAAGUGAAAAAGAGAACAGACUUCAUGAACCUGCUAAAACUACAGCAGAUCUAUCUCUGGCCUCCCCAGAGUCCACAGACCCUACAUGCAACUCUAAUCCCCUUCCCAAUGACUCAGAUGAUGCUGAUUAUGACCCAAGUGAGGAUAGACCUCGGCAUGGCAAGCGUCGAAUAAGACAGCCAGAGAAACUAAAAAGCUACAAGCUGGGAGAUGAAAUUGGUGAAGGAAAAGUGCUGGGAAAAAGGGGCCGAAAGAGGAAAUACCCAGCAACAGAACCACGCUGUGAUGACUGUGGCAAAGUUUUUAAAAACCAUCUGUUUUUAAAAAUACAUCAGCGAACUCAUACAGGAGAAAAACCUUUUCGGUGCCAUGUUUGCGGCAACUGCUUUACACAGAAACACACCCUGUUAGUUCAUCAACGCAUGCACACUGGAGAGAAGCCAUUUGUGUGCAACAUUUGCUCUAAAGCUCUCUCCACAAAGCACUCCCUGCAGGAACAUAUGAACCUGCAUGCAGAAAAGAAAUCUUUUAGUUGUGACCAGUGUGGGAAAACCUACAGCCAGAAGAGGCAGUUAAAUAGUCAUUACCGGAUUCAUAGCGGAAAAGCAUUACCUGAGUGUGCACAUUGUCACCACAAGUUUAAGGAUGCAGCACAACUUAAGAAGCACCUGAGAACACACACAGGUGAGAAACCUUUUACAUGUGAGAUUUGUGGAAAGUGUUUUACUACCAAGAGCACCCUGCAGACACACAUCAGAAUCCACAGAGGAGAAAAGCCAUAUGUGUGCAACAUCUGCAGCAAGUCCUUCUCUGAUCCUAGCGCCAGAAGACGCCAUGUUGCCUCUCAUACAGGGAAAAAGCCCUACAUGUGCUCUGUGUGUAGUCUUUCUUUUACUCGUCUGGACAAUCUAAAAGCGCAUACUAAAACUCACAGUAAAGAGCGGCCAGAUGUGGAGGGCACACCACUAACCACAGUGGAAACUAUGCCAGUGAAUGAGAAGAUGCACAAUGUCCUGGAGCUGCAGCAGUACCAGGUCCCGGAGCACGCUGAGCAGGAGAUCCAGUUAGUGGUUACCAGUGAAGUGGACAAUAUUAACCUUGUGGCAGGCCAAAAGCCGGGCAGCAUUAGCAUCAUCGCUGCUGAGAAUGGGCCUGAGGAACUGACAGCAGCAGGACAGACCCAUUCCAGCCUCACCCUUCUCACUCAUCCCUCUACACAUAUUCAGAACCUGGCUUUGGUCACUCCGGAUGAACUAGAUCCCAGUGCACAAAUCCAGACAAUCAGUGUGGUUGAAGGCCAGGUGAGCAGCGAGCAAGCUGAGCAGAUGCACGUCAUCACACUGACUAAAGAGGCAAUGGAGCACUUUCAGGUUCAACACGGAGCUCCACAACAGCUGCAAAUUAGCUCACGACCUCUUCAUCAGCUGCAGGUGAUCCAGCAGGCCAUGCCUCAGCUUUCUGCUACACAAGAUCCUCCUAGAGAGCAGCACAACCAGAGUCACACAGGUGCUAUCCAUAUCAGCAGCCAAGCCACCCAGCCAAUCUCUAUCAGCCAGACCAGCGAGCAGAUCCCCAACACUCAGAUUCAGGGACAAACCUUUCAAAUCCAGGCAGGUACUGUCUCAUACCUCUAUACCACAAGUCUCACCCCACAGAACUAAAGACAAGACACAAUAGAAUAAACUUCAUCAGGGCUGCCUGAGCUUAUAUUCAUGGCAACAGGACAAAUUAUUCUAUUCAUCAGUUGUAAUUGUACUGUUUGGCCCAUAAGUAAGGCUUUACUGAUGGGUAAAUAAUGACAGCACAGUGUGGUCAGUUUAUACAAGGAUCAAGCGUAACUCUGAGCACAACUGAUAACAAAUGUCUUGCCACUUUAUUAGAUUAAGUGUCUAUGCUGAUCAACAAUACAUUACAUACAUGAGAUGGGAGCGUAUCUGCCCACUAUACUGAACUGUAAUACAAGCUUUUGGCUCAUAUGUAGAAAUUUCCAAACACAAGUGCUGCAAGCUCUGUAAAUUUCCACCAAAACAGUAAAUCCAGUCAUGUUCAGCUCAGAUGUGGAAUUCUACCUCUCACCUAUCUUAUUAACAAUGAGGUCUCUAGACGUUUCAGAGUUCUGGAUGUAGUUCUUUUUCCAGUGUAAUUUGAUGUAUUUCUUUA